AUGUCUAGCAGAGCUUUCGGCCUACCAAUCGCUGUGGGGGCUACCCAUAACUUCACCCUACAACGUAUACGAGCCAAACUUUCAUGUGGUACAAGGUUUAGGGGCGUUCAGUCUACCAAUCACUUUGUGGACAUCCCUGAAUAUCCUACAACUAGCUACUACAUCCUCAAUCCUCAUAGUAGCAGCGGUGAGGCGGUAACGACCUCGCUUUUCGAGCUCUUUUUGUUCAUUGAUCUAUUUUUUCAAAAACGGUUUUUCGUGUCCAGACACCAGGAUGAUGACGAAAACAAACGACCCAGUCCAGGCGCGCUGUUGGAGCCCUGGAACCAGUUCGUCGAGGAUGUGAGCUACUCGAUCACGGACGUCAUUGUGACGGUUGUCAAAAAGAAAGAGGACUACUACAAACACCGACUGGACGGAGCCAAGAUGAAGGCACACGAGCUGUGUAUGCAGGAGAAGCUAGCGUGCGGUGUCAUGCCCGGUCAAGCCUGUCCGAUGUGCUACAACGAGUCCCCCAGGCUAGCGGCCGGUGAUCGCUUCGGCAACAUCCAGGUGCCCAUGCACGUCCGGCAUUCUGGCGCUCGACAUGAAGCGCGCUCCAGGCAAGGCUGUUCGGGACGAGGAAAUUCAGCGCGUGUUGACAUCGGAGUGCUACAUGGAGAGCUUCGGUAUCACCGCCGACGACCAGAGAUUAUCGGCCAAAAUCGGAGUAACGGCGCUGGACAGAACGAUCACGCAGUAAAAGACGUUGGCGCGUCUGUGCGAGGAAAACUUCAGGCGCAAAGAGCAAUACAAGGCCCUGGACAUACCUGUCAAGCUUCUAGAGACGGAUCACAAUCGUGUGAUUCAGCAGUUCAAAGGUCGACCUCCAACCAUCGCAGUACCCGUUCACGUAACACCGUCGCCCCAACUCAACGACAAGCAACCGUCGCCUCAACUCAACUACAAGAAAGCUAG